AUUUCCGGUGAAAGGCGGAAGUGGCAUCAAGGGGCUUGUGGAGAGCCUCAACAUCGUCGCUGCCAUGGGAGCUCACCUGGUCAGACGGUACGUCACCGAGACGGACACCGAGCCGGACCCGGCGAGGAAAUACGAGUUCGACCCUCAGUUAGGGUUUCCAGAGAGGAACGAGCGAGAGAUGGUAGCAAGCCAGGCGCAGAUGAACUUGGCCCAGCUGCCGUUGGAGCAGAGGGACUACUGUGCCCAGCACCUCCUGAAACUCAUGAAGUGCAAGAGGGACAACUGGCCCAACUUCCUGGCCUGCAAGCAUGAGAGACACGACUGGGACUACUGCGAACACCAGGAGUCAGCAGUGGAUGCAGUGCAUGAACGCGUGUCACGUGUGCCGGUCCAAAGCCCAGAGAAGACAUCAGCUGUGGGGAGGGAGGUGACAACGAGGAUGUGGAUCAGCUUUUAUAGCCCGGGCGGCUCAGCUGAGCUUCAUCAAGCUGACGACUCCUCGUCAGCCGACAGCUGCGUCUGUUGGCCAGCAGCCUCAGUGGGAGGGGCUUCAACUUGCAACAGCCUCAUCAGUGAUGACAGGAGGAAGGAGAACCGGAGCAGCCACUGGUCGGGUCAGUUUCUGUCAGGACAACUUCAGAUCCUGUCUGGUGGGUUUUGGUGCAUUUAGAGAAGCUUUAAGUGGCGUUGGACACCUGCCACGUGAAUGUUGAAAGACCUGUCUUAAGAGUAUGGAUGUUUCUGAGGUUAGCCACAAAUUUAUUUAGGAAUUUUCUUUCUAUGUAAGUUAAGUGAACCAUUCUUGCACGCUUGACUGUUCACCUGCAUGAUUGGGUAAUAAUGAGAUAAGACGCGCCAUGCGUCAUUCCAGCCACAGAGGGCGAUGAUGGCGAGAAUUAUCUUGAACGGAGGACUCUGAUCAGCGUACAUCGAAAACGCAACAAAUACACAUCGCACGUCUACUUCAUCGUAAACGUGGCGGCGGCUUGACCUCCAUGUGCGAUAUCAACCAACAGAAGCGCUAACGUCCGUGCACGAGAGGCCGCAAAUCCCCGGGCAUCGCAACCAGCGCGUGACAGGCGGCGUCGCUACAGUAUGCGCCCCUCGCCGCUCAUGUUUAAAGCUCAAACACGUGAGUUCAUCCUGACAGAAACCACAGAGCACUUCCGAAUUGGUCUGAUUAAUGAAACUCCGGACCCAUGAAUCGCUCCAUUGAUGGUUUAGAGGUUCGCGCACACUACUUACCUCGUAGUGCUUCAUCUUGGCAGUUAGCACCCUCUUCCUUAAUACCCCGGAUGAGUGACAGAGCCGCCUCCAAUCAGCGGAGUGAUGUGCGACUGCUGAGGCCACAGGAGGCGGGCCCAACGUCCGUUCCGCAGCCAAUCACAACUGGCGACACUAUCAGCGACGUAGCCAAUGGGAUUUGAGCAGAUGGAACAGUCGCGCCUACGCUAACCUUCUUAAGGCUAUGAUGCUAACAUAAUUGGAUGUAUUGCUCUUUGAGUAGCAUCUCCGAGCGUUUGUAUGCAGGCUUACUAAAAAAAUAGGUUCUCAAUCUUCUGACUCUUCACAAUUUAAUUUGCAGACUAAAUGCUAUUAUUUUUCUAAUUUCUUUUUGCAGUCUUGCCCCCCCCCCCCCACACACACACACCACCAUCACUGCACAAUAUAUAAUCAUCUCUUUAUUUGCUUUCUCUUGUGUAAAUGCAUGUAUGUAUAGAUUGUGUGUUCCUUGUGUAAUAAAUCGUCUUUCAAAAAUACAGUUUGCCAUUUGCCUGGCACACUGACCUAAA